AUGCGCCAGCGCUGCGGCGGCAUUGGCGCGGCCGCCCCCGCCCCGGGCGCGCGGCGGCUCCCCCAGAAGGCAGCGCGCCUCUCCGAGGUCAAGAUGGCGGCCAGGGCACCGGUUGCAGGAGGUGGUCGCCUGUUGGACACGCUUCGGAAGUGGUAUUACAACGCAGCUGGGUUCAACAAACUCGGAUUGAUGCGAGAUGAUACUCUGUAUGAGGAUGACGACGUCAAGGAAGCGCUGAGGAGGCUCCCGGAGCACCUUUACAACGAAAGGAUAUUUCGCAUCAAGCGAGCCCUCGACCUGAGCCUCAAACACCAGAUCCUCCCCAAGGACCAGUGGGUGAAGUAUGAAGAGGACAAGCAUUAUCUGGAGCCAUACCUGAAAGAAGUAAUCCGUGAAAGGCUCGAAAGAGAAGCAUGGAACAAGAAGUAACUGUUGAACUACUUCAUGCAGAUACCUACCUGCAUGGUUCUGUGAUCUUUAAACACUGGGUUAUGGAAGUCUACAGGGAAGCAAAUGUGAGGCUGAGGAGGCUUGUUCAUUGAAUUUGUUCACCCAACUACAAUAAACAUGUCACAAGUG